UGCGCACGCGCCCAGCUGAGGGCGCCGCUUUCCCGCCGUGCCCCGCGCCCAACGGCCGCCGCGCGCGCCCGCCACCGCCAUGGCGGAGUCCCCGGUCGCCGCCGCCGCCUCAGCGCGGCCGUCGGAGGAGCGUUCCCCCGGCGCAGCCAGCCCGGCGGCCGAAGGUGCGGUGUCAGAAUCUGAUCCCAGAGAGAAAAAAACAGAUCCUGAGCAAUUCCUAACGCCACCUGAUGUAACUGCUGUUAGCAAGAAGAACGUUAGUUCCCAUGAGACAACCAGAGUGUCUGUGAGGAAAAGGUCCCAGGAAAGUCCCAGCCUCGGGAAGAGCCCCAUCGGACCCAGCCCCAAGCGGCUGUCCCCCUGGAGAAGCAGUCCCAGGAAAGACCAUGCCUUGAAUUCUUUUAACUUGUCCCCGAGACGGCUCAGCACCACUCCUCAAGCCAAGCGGCGCUCUUGGUGUCGCUCGAGCCUGAAGGGGACGAAACGCCGAAAAUCUCUGCCUCCUGUUCACCAAGACGUCACCGAAUUAAGCAAAUCAAUUAGCCUGGAUUUGCCAGAGGUAGACCGGCUUUCCACGCUGCUGCUGUCCAGUUUCCAGUUUUCUGCACAGAAAUUCGAACACAUCUUGAAGCAAACUGACGGCUUUAGCCCCGAGGCUUUCAAAGCGAACGUGGACUCGGUUUCCGAAGACCUGAAGCGAUACAUGCAGAAGCUGAAGCGAGACGGAACGCUGAAGAGCUGCAUAGAAGACCCUAAAGGGAUUUUACUGGACUCGGCUUUGGAUGAGUCAGUGGCCCAAGUGAAGGAGUGCAUUGCCAGGUUCACUGCCGAGUGUCAGUCCUGGGAUCAGCUCUUACUGCGCUACCAGGAGAGCGCCGAGGAAAUGUCCAGGCGGCUGGAGGGGUGCAGGCGCGACGGCGGCCGGGCAGAGCCCCUCCAGCACCUCCAGACCUCCCAGGCCCACGUCCUGCGCACCAAACCCGACUACCAGCAGAUCCUGGACGCGCAGGGGGAGGUGCUGAGCUGCAUGGAGCUGGUGCUCGAUGAACUCCAGCAAGCGGUGAAGCUGCUGCAGGCCUUCAGCGAGGACAGCCGGCAGUACUUGCGGCGCCUGUCGGAGCAGCUUGCCACCAGGACCUUCCAGCAGCUGGAGAACUCCCCCGUGCGCAAGCUGAUCGCCCCGCCGCCCAGGGAGACGCCGCCAGCGGAGGGUUGAGCGGGGCGGCGGCCGGGACCGCGCUCGGGGCCGCUCUCAAUAAAGGCAGUGGGAGCCCGGUGCCCCCCGGUGCCCGGUA